GGUUUAACGGUGUUUGGGUUGAAGUUUUAAAAAGAGCAUUCUCGCUGCAUAAAGCACAUUCAAUAAAGAAUAUGGAAAAUACUUUUCAAUUGGUGAAAAAUAUUAUACCUCCUCUAACUACCAAGAAGCACAAAGGGCAAGAUGGAAGAAUAGGUAUAGUUGGAGGCUGUCAAGAGUACACCGGAGCCCCUUAUUUUGCAGCAAUCUCAGCUCUCAAAGUGGGUGCAGAUUUAUCCCACGUGUUCUGUACCCGGGAGGCCGCACCUGUGAUCAAGUCGUACAGCCCGGAGCUGAUUGUUCACCCGGUUCUUGACAGUCCCAAUGCCGUUCAUGAAGUGGAAAAGUGGUUGCCCCGACUGCAUGCCCUGGUUGUAGGACCUGGCUUAGGCAGAGAAGAUGCUCUUCUCGAAAACGUCAAGGGCAUUUUAGAAGCAUCAAAGGCCAGAGCCAUCCCUGUCGUCAUUGAUGCAGACGGGCUGUGGCUGAUAGCUCAGCAGCCGACCCUCAUCCAAGGCUACCAGAAGGCCGUUCUCACUCCCAACCACGUGGAGUUCAUCAGGCUCUCUGAAGCUGUGCUGAGAGACCCCGUGGAUAGCAGUGAUCGCCGUGGAGCUGUGCUGAGACUCAGCCAGGCCCUGGGGAAUGUGACUGUGGUCCAGAAAGGGGAGCAGGACGUGAUCUCCGAUGGCGAACAGGUUCUCGAGUGCAACCUACAGGGCAGUAACCGCAGAUGUGGUGGGCAAGGUGACCUCCUGUCGGGAUUCCUGGGUGUUCUGGUGCAGUGGGCACUCCACGCCGGACCUGAGAAAACAAAUGGUUUCAGCCCCCUCCUCGUGGCUGCCUUUGGUGCGUGCUCCCUCACAAGGCAGUGCAACCACCAAGCCUUCCAGAAGCAUGGCCGCUCCACCACUACCUCGGACAUGAUCGCAGAAAUCAGACCUGCAUUCAACAGACUCUUUGAAACCUGAGCCGAUGCAAACGAGAAGAAAGUGAGCACCAUGGUGGGAGAAAUAGCAUUUGUAAUGGGAAAGGCCACAUCCAGUAUGUCUGAAUCUUCUGGGUACCGGAGCAGCACAGGCUGCUUAGGAGGCUUGGAGUCUAGGCUACAUGUAGAGAAUGUAAGAAUUGGGAAUGAACAAUUUUUGGCUAAAUUAAUACGCAAUUUGAGACAUUAUGACACUAAACAAAGUACUCCCAGCAAUAACACAAACAUGGAGAAUCAUUUGAAAAUGAGAAAGUCUUUAACCAAUUCAGCUGAAUUUGUAGGCAUUUGUGCAAGAAGUUCCCCUUAUUAGAUAGUUCUCUCAAAGGGAUCCAGCCAUUCGUUUCCAAAUAGCUUUGAGAAUAAUGAGAUUUGCUUUUUUUAAAUUGAGAUCCACCAAAGGAUGUGGCAUUUACUUUAGCUAAUUUUUAUUUUUCAAACUGUGAUUAUGUUGAAAAGGUCUGGGCAGAAAUACUAAGUACUGGCUGUUUGGGUUAAUUGGUUAAAGUAUUCAGAAUAAUCAGUAAUCAGUUUGACCUUGGAAAUUUUUUUGGAGGCACCAUGGGAAAAUCCAAGAAGGAAACUUAAUGGGACACUGAUACUUGAAUGCCCUGGUGGGAGCUCUGGAAUACCUUGUAUCUUACACUUGCACUUUUUCAUGCCUGUGCAUACAAGUAUGUGUGGUGGCUGGCGGGGCCCAGCAGAGUGUGCAUGAGUGGGUGGGGUGCCAUGUUCUUGAUGUGGCCACUGGUGUGUUCUCUUGGGAGGACGGCUUCAGGAUAAUGGGGCCCUGGGGGGACUGAACAGAGCAUAACAGUAGGCUUUCUGGGUUGAAAAUGGGGGAAAUGGGUGGGUAUGUCCUCAGGAAGAUUUAGAUUCCAUUAAAGAAGUUGAUAUAUCUGAAAUCGUUGUAAA